AUGGACGUGCUGGGGAAGAUUGUACAGGGCACGGGCUGCGCCGUGGACGGCACCGCGGCAGCGCAGAAUCCGCUGUCACGCGCACUGGAUAAUGUGGUGCAGUCUCAUGUGAAUACUCAUGAAUCCCGCAGGUCUGUGCUACCGUACAGUGCACCCAGUGAGCUGCAGAUGCAGAUGCAGCGCUCCAGGAUGGCCCAGGGCGCUGACUCCCAAUUUCUCGCAAACUUUGAGCGUGAAGCAGUCAGUCGCUUGCAAAUGGAGGCAGCCUUCCGAUCUGGCAGAGAGCAGCAUCAGAUGAUGCAUGGACACCAGGCAUCCAUGGAGGCGGCUUUCGAGGACGCUCGGCGUGCACAGCUUCAGCACAGACGCAGUGCUCUACCACCAUCUCGUUCAAUGGGUACAGAGAUGAUGUACGCGCGUGGCAUCCAACACGACGCUGGGGUCGACGACUUUCUCUCAAAUGCAAUGGAAACCGCCUGGCAGACGGCGGGUAAAUCCCACCGGGAAGUUGUGUGGAACGAAAAUAAGGUGCCAAUACCUAUGAUUCACCAGCCAUUGAUGCGCCCUUUUCCGGUUGCUGCACAACAGAUAGUAGAGCCAGUGGAGCGGGCGGUAAGAGAGGCUGCAAGCAAACGGGAGUUGCAACAAGCCUCCAGUGAAACGGCGCGCACUAUGCGUCAGAAUCAGGACCCCAGGUGGCAGAAUAGUCAGUUUCUUAAGUUUUUGAAUCAGGUCGGCUCGGGUGAAGUGCAAAUCGACGAGGAGAAGAACGAGGUUGUCGGUGCGGUCGACGUGGAAGGUGGGCUGGAAGGGGCGUGGCAAGAUAUCUCUGAUCCGCGCUCGAUGUUCGACGCGAAUUGGCAGCAGGACGUCAAGUUAUCUGCUUCCAAAAUCGAAAAAGUAUUUGCAGAGACAGGUGGGACUUCUGCAGGAAUGGGGGAAGUGUGGAAGGAGGCGGGUACGGCCAAUGCUACAGGGCUGGACAAGGCGUGGCGCGACUCGGGGGCUGAAGGGGAGAAAGUCAUGGCAAACGAGUGGGCAGAUAGUAAUAACCUGGAAGCAAUUUGGGAGAAAGCUAUGGCGGAAGCGCAUACAACAGAUCCGUUCGAAGACGCGUGGGAAAACGCGACAAGCCAAGACUAUACCUACAAAGCGGAGAACCCAUUUUUGGACGCAUCGGAGAAUUUUCAGAAAGGCAUUAGUUUCUUCAAGUCGGGGCACCUGGAUGACGCAAUUCUUGCGUUCGAAGCUGAGGUGCAACAACAUUUGGAUAACAGUGAGGCAUGGCGUAUGUUGGGUGAAUGCCAUGCGGAAAAUGACGAAGACAAGAGCGCUAUUAUUUGCCUGGAGCGCGCUGUAGAGGAAGACCCGUACAAUCUGAGUGCAUUGUUGGCACUCGGUGUCAGCAAUGUCAAUGAGCUAAAUCCGCAGGGUGCGCUGAAAACGCUGAAGGCAUGGGUGCAGCACAACCCGAAAUUUCACGGACUGGAGAUUCAAGUGGAUGAGUACAGCGAUGGAUCUUUGAUGGACGAAGUGAUGCAACUAAUGCUGCAAGCACGUGCGCACGAUCCUGCCGAUUCAGACGUCCAGGUGGUCCUUGGUGUACUGUACAACGUGUCAAGAGACUACGAUGCAGCAGUCGAGAGCUUUAAGGCUGCUGCGGACUCGCGACCAGCUGAAUAUGCGCUGUGGAACAAAAUGGGGGCGACGCUAGCGAAUUCGGCUCGCUCAUCUGAAGCAAUCCCUGCGUACCAUCGGGCGCUGGAAUUGAAGCCGCGCUACGCUCGCGGAUGGCUGAACCUGGGGAUCAGCCACGCUAAUUUGGGAAAUUACGAGGAGGCUACAAAGUGUUAUCUGCAAGCGUUGAGCCUGAACAAUCGCGCAGAUCACAUCUGGAGCUAUUUGCGAAUUUGCUUCACGUGCAUGGAGCGGUUUGAUUGGGUAAAAAUGGCGGAUACGAAAGACGUCAACCACUUUCGCAGAGAGUUUAAGCUCAUCGAUCUUUAA